CUUUAGUCUAUGUCCUGUCCGUAUGUAGGGGAAUUGAAUUAAAAUGAUAGAAUAUGUUUUGAUCGUUCUGUGACUGUAUUGUUCUUAAUUUAUCAAUUUUUAAUGUGUUUCAGAUUUGUUGUUUUGUUUUAAAACAUUUCCGAGAUAGUUUUAUUUUAAUUGAAUAGACAAUUUUUGGUUUACUUUCUUCGCUUUCAAUUUUUUGUGUAAAAAAAGAGUUGGAUUUGUGUUGAAUUGGCUCUGUGCAAUGCCUGAAAGAAUAAAUGAUCAGAAUCAGAAUCAGAAUUUAAUGGAAGAUAACGUAGAAGGCAAGAUUGAAGUGAAAGUCACACAAGCUGAUCAACUGACCAAACGACUCUUAAUGUCUUGUUUAGAGUUCAUAAAUAAUGCUGACGGUAGCACUAUGUUUGGCGAUACAUUGAAUUCAGUUAAAACACCUGUUGAAAGAUCUCAGGGAAAAUCUGAUGAAUUCGAAGAUUAGUCAAGUUAAAGUUGCUGCUGUGUUAGAAUUAAAAGUAUUGCUUUUGUUAACUAAAUUUGAAAUAAAUAUAAACUUUUAAUAGACUAUUUUGUUAUCUGAAAAGUCACAAUGCUUGAAGAACUAUACUCGGACAAACUUGUUGAUCAACCAGAUGAUAUUGAACGUGUUAUUGAAGGGGAAGAAUAUGAAAAGAAAGAUCUCUCUGAACAUGAGAGUGGCAAUGAGGAAGAAAAAAAUACAGAUGAGAAGGACAAAGAAAAACAAACAAAAAUCAAAAGGAAACUAGGUCCUCGGAUUGUGUUAAACCCUCAGAGACUCGUAGGCUCACGAGGAAUAGGAGCAAUAGAGCCAUUUUUCUCUGACAUCCCGGAGAAGUUACGAGGAAAAGGCAAAGAAAAUGAAGAUCUAAAUCUUGUGAUGGGUCGCUUGCAACAUUGGGCACACCGUUUAAUGCCGAGCUUGCAGUUUGACGACUGUUUGAAGAAAAUUGAAUCUUUGGGCAACAAAAAAGAAGUAGUUAACAUGGUGAAGAGGAUCCGCCUGGGGAUGGAGGACGAGAAUGUGCCUGACGAAGUGAUUCAGAGGGAAGAGAUGGACUCACCACCUCCCGAUGUCGAUCCUUUUGAUGAGCUGAUCUCUUCAUCUGCACCUGCGAGAACUGCUGAAAUGGAGAUAACUGCUGAGCAAAGAGAGCAAAUGUUACGCAACCGGCUGAUCGCAGAGGAGAGAAGAGCCGCCCGCAUCAAGAGAGCACAGGAGAUGAAGGAAAAGUUCCAACAGACAGCUAACAGUCAGUCGGACUAUAUACAGACCACUCCCAUGGAAAUCACAAGAGAAGAAAGUUCAGAUGCUGGAAGAGGAAAUCAUCUGGACAGCGUUGAAAAGGAGAAUCAAAUAGAUGAAACUGGAGCUGUGACUAUAGAUGAAAAUGCUAUCAAUGUAGAUCUGGAAAAUUGUGGCAAUGAGCGUGAAAUAAUUCAAAGUGACAAAAUAGAUGAUAAAAAUGAAGUAGUGAUGGAACUGCCAAGUGAGAAUAGAGCAAAACCUAAAAUAUCAACUGAAGAAAAAAUGGAUGAACUUGAAGUACCAGAAAAAGUAAUCAGUGUUCCUGAAGAAAAAACUUCUAGAUUAGUUGAACCAGGAAUAAAUGAUGAACAACCGGGUGUUUUGGAUGAAAGAAGUGAAAACCAAACAGAUCUCCUAGUUGAAACAGGUGAACAAAGGAGGAUUUCCAAUGUAAACCAGCCUGAUAUUCUGGCUCAGGGAGGUGAUAUCCAGCCUGAUAUUCUUGUAGUGGGAACACAUGAAAAUAGUGAAGCAUCAGAAAGAAAAAAUACUCAAUCUGGUGUUUUAGAUGGAAGUCAACCUGAUGUGGUCUCAAGAAACUUUAAUGAGCCACGCAUGCAAGAAGAAAGGGAGGAGAGUAGUUUAGAAAAUCAACCAAUGGAAGUUGAGAUUGAAAACCAACCUGUUGCAUUGGAGCUGGGUGAUAAUCAGCAACCUGAUAUAGUGCCUAAUGGAGUUGAAAUCCAACCUGAUAUUGUAGUAACGGAUAGAGUAGGGAGUCAGCCUGAUGUUAUAAUGAAGAGAAGUGACAGUCACCCAGACAUAGUAAGUUAGUAGCCUUCAAGGACUUCAUAUAUCAUCUGCCUUUCAUAACCUCUGUGGCCUGCAACAAAGAUGCUGUUCACAACUAUUUUUUUGUAUUUUAAAAAUUUGUAAUUGUUCAAAUAAUUUUAGUAUGUAAUUCACUUUAAGUUUACGCUAUUCAAUGAGAAUUAUGUAUGUUGGACAUUUUAUAUCAUAGAAUAAAAAUAAAUAAAAUAUAUAUCACAGUA